CAAAAAGCAGCAUAUAACACUACAAUAAUUGAUUUCACUUUUAUUUUAUUUGUUUGUUUACCUUUCUAAGUUCAAAUAUAAAUUCUAUGAUUAGUUUAUUAUAAUUACAAUUUUUAUUUUUUUUACUCUGAUUUGAAUUUUUUACAUGGACACGAAAGAAGAAGAAGACCACAUGUUGGUUCCGAAUAAAACAUGGCCGAGUCACCCUCCGAGUCAACCUCCGACUCGCUUAGCACCACCACAUCCACUAAGCCCGCUCAAUCCGGGACUGUUUCUAUUUCAAGCCCUCAAAGUCACCAUGUCGUCUUCCCCGAGAUCCCAAUCGAGAUCGUCAGUGAAGAAGAAAUGGCUAUUCUCGAUGCAGCUCUUGCAGCCUCCCGCUCCAUCCUCCCUUCCGUGAUCCGUUCUGUUUCUCCGUCACGGAUAACCGCCGGCGGAAGUCCCAAAACAAUCCGCUCAAUUACUCUCUUCUCCAAGAGGAAAUUAUCGGCUUGUUCAGAUAUCGAAGAGUCUUAUCUACAUCGAUUUAGGAGAAAUCAAGCUUUAGGUGUCACAGAUCUCACCGGAACUGAAUGGUGUGAGAAACAAAUGGAGAAUGUUCUUUGUUUUGGCAGGAGAAAAGUCAAUAAAGCUAUGAAAGUUGGUCAGGCUCGUCAUUUGCAGCUUGAAGAAGAGGUAGUUAAAAAAGUGAGAGUAAAAGUUGAAUCAAAUGAAGAUAAGUGGGCAUUGAAGCUGUUGAAUUCCAUUGCUGGUGUUAAUCAGUUCUUGUUUGAAGGACGAACUCGUGAAUUGCUACUCUUAGGAUUUGUUGGAGGUCAAUGGAUUGUGGGAAUUAUUGACGAGCUUAGAAAGGCGUAUGCAGAAGAGUCUUCUGAUAGCGGACCAAUAUUGAUAGAUACAAAGACUCGACUCCGUGAUACACUUCCAGCUGAGCCACAGAGGAGGAAUGGAAGGCUUCAGCUAAUGCUUUACAAGCUUCUAUGGGACACUAUUGUGAAAGAAGGGUUUCCAACGGGACCUUUUUUCGACUACUUUUCUUUGAAUCGCAAUUAUGUCUUAUCCCAAGAUGUCAGAGAUCACAUUGCUAAUGCAGGUAUCAAAGCUCAGACACUUGAAGAGAUAGUUAGGUACUAUGAAAACACUUUUCAGAUGCUUCCGAUAGCAAAUAAUCAACUAUUACUAAAGUACGAGUUUCAGAAGGACCAAUCUAUAAUAGCUGAAAUUAGAUUCAACCAUGAUCAUGAAUGGGUGAUGAGCAAAUAUAGAGAAGUCAUUGAGUUCUGGAGAAAUGAACGAGAAGCUGGGUACACUCCUGAAGAAGAACGUUGGAAAUGUCGGUAUUGCCAAUUUGCUAAGUCUUGCCCUGGAAACCCGAGUUUCGAAUCUCCUAGCACAAGCUCACCAACAAGAGAGGCUCCUCCUUUACCAAGCUAAAAAGAAGAUGAAAAGUUGAUUCUUUCACCGAAAGCUGCUAAAUGCUAACAUAUAUGUUUGUGUUGUCUUUAAUUUCCACAUUUGCUUCCCUUAAAUUGCAUAGCAGUUAAGUGAUUAAACCGUGGUUUGAUUAGGGUUGGUUAGGCGUACCAAGAUUGAUUUGUACCGGGAUGCCGCAAUUUGAUUAUUGUGUAUCGUUUCCAACACACGCUUUGUAUGUAUCAUCAUUGUUGGAAUCUCUAAGGUAAUCGACAAUAGCAUUUUUACGUUCUGUAUAUCUGAAUUAAUGCAUCUUUGAAUG